AUGGGAAUAGUGGCACCUGUAAUACUUAAAGCAAGGAUAUUGAUGCAGCAGUUAUGUCGAAACAAUUAUGGAUGGGACGAUGAAAUAUCGAAUAGUGAAAAUUUAUUGUGGAACAGAUGGCUCGAAGAUAUUCCCGGACUUGAGAAUAUAUUCAUGCAAAGAUGUUUUGCGCCGUCUGAUUUUGGCAAUAUUGUGACUCGUCAAAUACACCAUUUUGCAGAUGGUUCUGCAGUUGCUUAUGGAACUGUAUCGUAUUUGCGACUAAUCAAUGAAGAUGGGAAAAUUCAUGUUGCCUUUCUCUUAGGAAAAGCUCGACUUGCACCCAUUAAAACUGUUUCAAUACCACGACUGGAGUUGACUGCUGCAGCUCUUGCAGUUAAAUUAGAUUUAUUUCUGAGACGUGAAUUAGACUUCGAAGAUAUAGAGUCGAUGUUUUGGACAGACUCAACUUCCGUGCUUUUGAGUAAUAAUAAUACAUCACGAAGAUUCUCAACAUUUGUGGCAAAUCGACUUGCAAAGAUUGAAGAGGGAUCGAAUGCUUUGCAGUGGAGAUAUGUACCUACAGAUUUGAAUCCGGCAGACGAUGCAUCCAGAGGGUUGUCGGUACAAUCGUUGAUGGAUGAACGAUGGCUGAAGGGACCAUCAUUUUUCCAAGAGCAAAAGGAAUAUUGGCCUAAACCGCCAGUACAGUUACCUGAGCUUCCUGAUGAAUUUUUCUCAACAUGGUAUAACUUGAAAAAAGCAAGUGCAUGGAUGAUUCGAUUCAAAGACUACCUUCAUAAGAAGAAGAAGAAUUAUAAGUGCAAUGAGAAACUUGAAGUUGAAGAAUUGCGAGUUGCUGGAGACGACAUUUUGAAAUACAUACAGAGACAAGAAUUUGGCGAAGUUAUUGAUGCAUUGCAGAAAGCCAAUCAUAGAAGUACAUCUGGGAAACAAGUACUGAAGAGAUUGAAGAUUGCAAAUUUCCUGCAUAAACUCAAUCCGAUUAUGAAAGAUGGCUUCAUCAGAGUUGGUGGGAGAUUGAGAAAUGCACCGGUUGAUUUCGAUGUUAAACAUCCGAUUAUACUCCCACAUAAACAUCAUGUAACUGAGAUGAUUAUAAGAGAACAUCAUGUAUCUACACAUCAUUCUGGUAUGGGGAGUACAUGGACUUCUCUGAGACAACGAUUUUGGAUCGUUAAAGGAGGCGCUAUGGUGAAAUCUGUUAUCAGAAAAUGCAUGUUUUGUCGAAGAAGAAGUUCACCUGUGAGUAAACAGAUCAUGGCCGAUCUUCCGAAGGAAAGAGUCACACCAGGUGAAAGACCAUUUGCCUAUGUUGGAGUGGACUACUUCGGACAUUCUCUUGUAAAGCAAGGACGAAGUACCGUCAAGAGGUGGGGCUGUAUAUUUACAUGCAUGACAACUCGUGCCGUACACUUGGAAGUUGCAUACUCGAUGGAUGCAGAUUCAUUCAUAAAUGCGUUAAGAAGAUUUAUUGCACGUAGAAGUAGACCAUUCAAGUUCAUCUGUGACAACGGUAGUAACUUCGUUGCAGCAAAUAAAAUCCUACGUAAAGAAAUAGAAGUUUGGAAUUCAAGCAAAGUUGGACAAUUUUUGCGUCAGGAGAAUAUUAAAUUCCAAUUCAAUCCACCUACUGCUUCUAAUUUUGGAGGAUGUUACGAAAGAUUGAUUCGAUCAGUUCGAAAGAUUUUGGUUGCUCUCUUACACGAUCAGUUGGUGUCAGAUGAAGCUUUGGCUACUAUUUUUUGCGAAGUGGAAUCACAGUUGAAUUCCAGACCCAUCACUCCAAUAAGUUUUGAUCCGAAAGAUGAUGAGCCACUCACUCCAAAUCACUUGCUAUUACUGAAUCCUACAAGUAAUUUAUCUCCUGGCUUAUUCGACAAAAAGGAUUGUUACACUCGAAAAAGAUGGAGACAAAUUCAGUAUUUAGCUGAUCAGUUUUGGAUCAGAUGGACCAAAGAAUACUUACCCACACUCCAGACACGACAGAAAUGGACCUCUAAAGAACGUAAUAUGGAAGUUGGUGAUAUUGUGCUACUUGUAGACAAUACUAUACCCAGAGGGAAGUGGCAGACUGGACGUGUUAUGGAAACUACACCUGAUAAACUUGCAGCUGUGCGUCAAGUUACUGUGAAGACAUCCAGGGGUUUAUUGAGAAGGCCAAUUGCAAAGUUGUGCUUGAUUCAUAGAGUUAAUGAGUAA